CUGCGCUCUGAGAGAAAAAAAAGUGGCAGCUGCUGUUUCUACAUAAUAACCCAGAGAGCUGGGCCGGCCCAGUCCCACGCUGCGUCACCCUCCGGCAGCAGCAGCACAAGCACCAGCAUAAGCACAGGCAGCGGCGCUGGGGAAGCAGCAAUAAGGCUCAGCGCUAGCGUGGGGCUCAUCCAUUAACCCGGGAACGGGGGGAGGGAGAGACGUGGGUGGGUGGGGGGAAUACAUCCAGUGGUAGCGCCCAGGGGUGCCAUGGAACUGCUGUGCUGCGAGGGGGACACUGUCCGCAGGGCUCAGGCUGACCCCACGCUGCUGCUGGAUGACAGGGUCCUGCACAAUCUGCUCACCGUGGAGGAGAGGUACCUGCCCCAGUGCUCCUACUUCAAAUGUGUCCAGAAGGACAUCCAGCCCUUCAUGAGGAGGAUGGUGGCCACUUGGAUGCUGGAGGUCUGCGAAGAACAGAGGUGCGAGGAAGAAGUGUUCCCCCUUGCCAUGAAUUAUUUGGACAGAUUUUUAGCCGUGAUCCCCACCAGAAAGUGCCAUUUACAACUCCUCGGGGCCGUCUGCAUGUUCUUGGCUUCCAAACUGAAAGAGACUAUCCCUUUAACCGCAGAGAAACUUUGCAUUUAUACUGACAAUUCUAUCAAACCACAAGAGCUGCUGGAGUGGGAGCUGGUGGUUCUGGGAAAGUUGAAGUGGAACUUGGCAGCGGUAACGCCACACGAUUUCAUAGAACACAUACUAAGGAAGUUGCCCUUGCCUAAAGAAAAAUUGCUCUUGAUCCGGAAACAUGCACAAACGUUCAUUGCACUUUGUGCCACAGACUUUAACUUUGCAAUGUACCCACCGUCUAUGAUAGCAACUGGAAGUGUAGGAGCGGCAAUAUGUGGGCUGCAGUUGGAUGAUGGAGAAACCUCUUUUUCUGGUGAUAGUCUCACAGAGCAUUUGGCCAAGAUCACUAGCACAGAUGUGGAUUGCCUUAAAGCUUGUCAGGAGCAGAUCGAGUCGGUGCUGGUAAGCAGCCUCAGACAGACCCGGCAGCAGGCGACGGGAAGCAACUCCAAGUCUGUGAAUGAACUGGACCAGGCUAGCACUCCUACAGAUGUGCAGGACAUCAACCUGUGAGGAGCCCCACCCCCCCAGCAUUGAAAGAGCCUCCAGAGUUCUUUAUUUUUGUAGAACAAAACCGUUUCUAUCUGUUCCCAAUUAGAGAAAAAUAUUUAAAACUAUUUUAAAUACAAAAAAACAAAAAAAAAACAAACAAACAAACUGAUUAUGGUGCCUGCAAUGUCCUGUAGAAGGGAACCCCCACCAUAUAUCUAAUUGCUACGAUAUAUAUAUUGUCCAUUUGUAAGUGCUAUGGAAGCAUACAGAGAAGUAGCAUGACAAUUUCAAGACUGCGUUUGUGGUUUAAAAAAAAACAAAAAACGCAGGCCUGAUAUUAAUAUUGUUAAUGUUCUUAUUUCUCAGUACAUUGUAGUCGCUUACAGAGCCGCCUUAGAAUUUGGGGAGAAAAUGAGCGUAUAUGCAUUUUCACACAACGAAUACUCAUGUUUUCAAUUAGAGCGCAAAAGCAAUAGACUAAUGAAUUCUAGCUGAGAAAGUAACAAUCCCCCCCCCUCCCCAAAGUGUUUCCAUCUUUAUAUAUCGAGGGAGAAUCAUUUGGGAUCUGCUAUUGAUUGUUAUUUAAAGAGGUGGAUCUCUUCAUUAGUUCUGUUUACUCUUGCUGUAUCUGGUAGCUGCUACCGAAGAAGAAGAAGAUGCUUUAUUUUUUUCUUUUCAUUUUUUUGCAAGCCUAGGGCAGGUGUUUUUAUUUGUUUGUUUGUUUUUUAAUUCGUUUCCAUGAUUUUAUUUUUGUUUUCAAUAGAUUUCUGAGUUCCCUUCAAUUUUUUUUUUUUUCAAAUUGUUUGAUUCCAUUUGUAUCAGGGACUAAAAAGAAAAAAAGUGGGAUUCUACUUUAUUAACUGUGGACCAAUCCAAAAUAUUGAGUGCUUAUUUAUGGGGAGGGGGUGGGGGGACUUAAGUGAAAAUAUUCCCUGAUUUUGAAGUGUAUUCUCUUGUACGUAUGAGGGCAUAGCUGUAGCUUGUGCUGUUCGCAGAACAGUCCUUCUGUUUAUAGGUGUAUUAAAGGGGACAUAUAGCCUACCAUCUGAUUGAAAGAAGGAGGAAAGCCAUAACGGCUGGGGCGCCCCAAGUUGUUUGGCACCCCCAGUGAUUUUAAUCUGUAACCUCCAGACUGGUGCUUUUCUAAGCUUAAAACAAUACCAUCAUGAGAUACUAAUGUAGGAGUUGCCCUACCAUCAUUUUCUUUCCUCGUGCAUCCUCUCUGCUGCCCUGGGUGCACAAGCAUAGUAGAGCAGAACUCCCCCUUUUGCUUCUAACUUUGGUUUACUCAUAUCUGCCACAGGGUAACCCUGGAAGAGAGAAGAUGAUGGCAAUAAGCACAUUAACAGUAGUAUCUCAGGCUGAAGCAGUAGCACUGGCCUUAAGGUGGCCAUACACGAGGUCGCCAAGGGAGCGGAUCUUCACCCGAUAUCCCCACCUACGGGAGGCCGAUAUCGGGCUAUUUCAGGCUAAUUCAGUCGUUUGGCCCUGGGGCCAAACGAUCGAACUACAACGAUAGGUAUAAGCGCAGUCGGUUCGGUGACAGCAUCAACAAGCCAAUCCGGUCCCCAAUCCGACUAAAUUUUUAAACCUGCCCGAACGAUAUGUGGCUGAUUUCGGGCCAGAUAUCGGUCGGGCAGGCCCAUCGUUAGUGCCCAUACACGGCUUAUAAGCUUUCGAGUCGGUGACCCAUAUCGGCAGCUACAAUCGGCCCGUGUAUGGCCACCUUUAGAGUCUUAAUUAGAUGCCCCUAGGUCUGAUUUUUCUUAUCCUUCCCAGGCGAAAACACUGAAAUAGGAGGUGUCACUUGAUACCUACCUGCUCAGUUCCAUUGCUCAGUGUUCAGAAGUGUGACUUGAGGCUACCUGCUUCGGUUAAAUAAGACUGAAUGGGUGCUCAGGCUACACCUUCAUGAUAUUAACCGUAUAAAACCUGAAAAUGUGUUCAGAGAAGCGCCCUGAGCAAUUUCACAGAAACAGUAGGCUAUAUGUCCCCACCUAUAUGUAGAAAUGUAAAUAUACACAGGAUGAAUGAAUGUGAGGUGCCCUCAAAAAGAGAAAAAAAAAAGAGACCCCUCCCAAUUGGAUAUACAUAACACUGGGUGAAAUGAAGAAUUGACCAGUUUGAGCCCCUUUUUCCCCAAUAGUUUAGGCUGUAUUCCCCCCAAAUCUAGUUUUGCUGUUUCUUACGAGGUCAUGGGACCCAGUUCUAUAUGUAAAAGUGAAUUUGUGUUUGUGGUCUACACCGUUAGCAUUGUUGUAAACCAUUUCAUUCGAAAAAGCACUUUGAUAAUUGUUCCUAAGGGAUAAAUGAAGUGGUUUAUGAAAUUAAUGCGGAGCGUAGGACUUUUUUUUUUUUUUUUAGCCGACCAAUGUACCCUCCACUGCCAAGAUUUAUAAAACUGAUUUAGGGUGUCGCUGGGAGUUCCGAUACCUGUCUUUGGAAGACAUUCCUUUUAUAACAUUCCAGAUCCAGAAAGAAGAAAAUAAACAUGUGCAUGAUUUUAUCCUAAAGGGUUCGUACCCCAUAUUUAGGUGCAUUUGAGGAUUGUCUUUUGGCCGUGCAUUGGUUUAUUGCAUUUGUAAAGGUCCCCAUACACGGGCCGAUUCUAGCUGCCGAUAUGGGUCCCUUAGACCGAUUCGGCAGCUUAUCAGCCGUGUAUGGGCACUACCGACGGGACUGCCGACUGAUAUCUGGCCUGAAAUCGGCCAGAUCUCGAUCAGGCAGGUUUAAAAAAUCUAGUCUGAUCAGGGGCCGCAUCGGCUCGUUGACCGGACCGACUUUGCCAAUGCCCGUCAUUAUAAUUCGAUCGUUUGGCCCCAGGGGUGCCCCGAUAUCCCCCACCUCCCGCAGGUGGGGGAUAUCGGGAGAAGAUCCACUCGCUUGGCGAUGAUCUUAAGGUGUAUGGGGACCUUUAGACUGUACUACAAUGCGGCUUCACCUCCCACCCUUGUAUUGCUUAUGGGACUUGUCAUUGGGUCCAUUAGUGAGAGUAUAACCAGUGGGGGAGUUUUGGUUCAACAAGUGUAAUUUUGAUGCCGCCUUCUUAUAGAGGUGAAACGAGAAACAUGGCAGGAAAAAAACGAUAUCUCGCUCUGCCAUUGUCUUAUAGCCAGCAGCUGGUGACAAAUGCUAUAUUUAUCAAUAUAAAAAUAUGCACCAGUGUACUUGAAUUUUCUUCUUUAAGUUGAAGUUGCCCCAGCGAUCAGCCAUUUUGUUUUCCUUAUUAUUAUUAUUAUUUUUUUUUUUUUUUUUUUGCACAAUUGAAAGAAACAGUUGACAAAUUCACAAAGCUGUUUUUGAUAUUACGGAGAAUGCUAGGCGUUGUGUAAUAAGUGGUCUCACCAUGGUUUUCGGCCAUUAGUACUGGCAGAAAAAAAAAAAAGGAUGAAAUGAUUAUAUAUAUUUUUUAUUUGUUUUUUUGCGCUGCUAAGGAGCUAUGUUUUUUUUUUUUGUUUUGUUUUCAUUUUUAUUCACAUUAACAGUACUUAGCUGUAUUGUUUCACUGAGUGUGCUGCUAUUUUAUAAACAUUUUUAUAAUAUAUUAUUUUACUGCUUAAAUUUCCAAUCCUGAAGUACAUGGUUACGUGGAGAUCUGAGUUUGAUUUUACUGGAAACGCCCGUGUAUAGUUUUUUUGGGUUUUUUGUCUUUUUUGCCCCCCCAACCCCCAGAAGCAGAUUAAUAACUUGCUCUUUUCUGUUUGUUUCUGUUAGCAACCUGCGACAUUUGGUAACCUUAGCUCAGGUUUACUGGAUACAGAAUGGUUCCUAUAUUCACAAUACCUCACACAAUUACAGUUUUUCUUCUCUCCGGGAGCCAUGGGCAGUAGUGCAAAGGCAGCUGAGCUGGGCCCUGUGUUUGCACUUUUUGGCUAUUCGUCCCAUUAUCAGUUAAUGGGGGGGGGGGGAACGUUUAAGGGCAAACCAUGCCCAAUUUAUGAACACAAGUUUUAUUUUCCAUAUUAUUUCAAGUGCAUAACUUACUAGGCUUAGGAAAUCAUUUAUGCCUAUGAAUUAGCAUCAUAACCUUUGAAGAGGUGUUGAGACUGUUGGCAGCCAUGUCCCAGCAAUAUAAAAGGAGACAUGGUUUUCGCAAGCAAUAUUUUUUACUCUUGUAACAUGGUAACUACACACUUCUUUUAUAUUGCUUACAGGGAACAUUCUGCAAUAUUCCCAUAUAGUGUGCAUCACUGUUUCAUUUUCUAAGUCAUGAAUUGAUUUAUGACCAACAAUCAAAGCCUGUAGUGAAGGGCCGGGCCAACGUUACGCCGUUUCCACUCGUCAGUCCCCAGACACCAAGUCUCGCGUGAUGAGAUUUGUGGAGUUAAAGAGACUUGCGGAUUGAAAAGACCAAUGGGUCGGACGUUGUCCGCGGGCCGUAGUUUGCCCACCUCUGCUGUAGUGUAAUUAUCUCCCAUUUUGUUGAAACUAUAACCCAACAGGACUGCUACUAAUCACACAGUUUGAGGGGGUGAUGAUAUCGCAAGAAAGAACCAGGUGCUAAGACUGUGUUUUGGUUGCUGCUUCACAUGUUAUAUAACGUUUCGAUGGUUGGAUUAAUGUCACGUAAGUGCUUGAUUGCCCCAAUGCGUAGCAGUCACUGCAGGGGUUAUUUAUUUAUGGAGAUGCCCAUCGUGAUCAGCUUAGAAUUCAGAUUCUAAUUCCCUGUAUGGGCAGUUCUUCUACAGCCAGAUGGGUAAUGUCACAAAUGACACUCAAGGCCAGGGGUGGGCAAACUUUUUGGCUCAGGGGCCUCAUUGACUUACAGACGGGCUGGACCAGCGUUAUGUCGUUUCCGCUCGUCAUUCCCCAGAUGCGUGAUUAUACUUGCGGAGUCGGUGGGCCAGAUUAAAAAGAUCAACGGGCUGGACGUGGCCCAUGGGCUGUAGUUUGCCCACCCCUGAGUCAAGGCUGUGUCUUGCUGUACCAGCGUUUGACUGCACCCCAAUACUUGGUGGUGUGACCAAUCUUUCACCACAUCGGCAGUGACGUUCCAGGAUCUCGGUUUCACUCUCUGCCCCCAGUGAGAACAAGAGGCGCAAAUAUGUUACUAGCUCCUAAGCAGAGUUGGCUAAACCAUAUAGUGCCAUGCUGGUCGUGCUAGCCACCCUUGUGGCCCCAGCUUUGCGCGAGUGUCUGGCUUAAUGAUCUAUUGUCCAUAUUUUGAGCAGUGCUGUCUGUAUUUUACCUGUG